AUGAGCUGCAUUGGGCAUGUGCAACCUCAUGAAAAGAAGAAGGAAGAAUUUUGGAAUGAUUUAAGCCUUUAUGCGGAUCAAAAUAACGCUCCUAGGAUUAUUAUGGGAGAUUUUAACGACAAUGCUUCGCUAGAAGAGAGAAAAGGAUGUCAAUCCAACAGAAUUGACAAGAUUUUGCAAUUUAAAGACAGAUGGAAUAGGUGUAACUUACUAGAUGCGGGAUGGAUAGGGAAUAAAUUCACUUGGGUGAGAACUCAAAACGGUACAGUUACGCUUCAGGAAAGACAAUACAGGCUUCUUCACAAUGCUGAAAUUAUUAAUCUUUUUCCUUGCAUUCGUCCUAACACUCUCCAAAGACGUUAUUCAGACCAUCACCCUAUUCUUUGGAAUUCUAAGGAAGAUUAUGUGAUUGACAGGAAUAGGAGACCUUUCCGGUUCCAAGCAAUGUGGUUAACGCAGGAACACUGUAAGGUAAUUUUACCGAUGCCUGGAACAGAAAGAGAGAGAACAUCAUGA